AUGGACAACUCAGCGCUUCUUCUGAACGGCUUGCGCAUCAAGUGCGAGAAUCUGUUAAAAAUGUAUGUUGAAGCGAACAACACCUGCCGAGCGAAUUUCGAUGGAAGCUAUUGUUGGCCCGCGACGCCUCGCGAAACCAUGGUGCGAUUGACGUGUCCCAUUCCCGAAUUGGCCAACUCGACGAUAACCAGAUGGUGCUCGGCUGGUGUAAGCGAAAUCACCAGUGACAACAAAACCAUCCACGAGUGGGACGAAGCAAAUACUAGCGACUGCUCCCUGGCAUUUAACUACAGCUCCAUGCAAAGUAUCUUGACUUACGACUCGAACAUGGAGACUGCCCCUUACAUGCUACCUGUGAGUUUUUUCAUGUGCUUGAUCAUUAGUUAUGCCUUGUCCAUAACUAGUCUGAUAGUCGCACUGGCGAUAUUCGCACUGCUUCCACAGUUGACAAACGUACGCGUCAAGAUACACAUAAAUCUCUACAUCGCCCUGCUACUCCAAGCUUUCACGUGGAUAGCACAGACUAGAAUAUUUGCGCGUCAACUAUUCGUUUCGAUUUCUGGAUCAAGCGUGGAUUAUUACGAAGAAACCGCUGUAGCGUGUAGGGUUUUGCUCGUGGUAAGAAAAUAUUUCGAAGUUUCGUGCGUUUUUUGGAUACUGAUGGAAAGUUGGUGCUUCUACUGCGUGGUCAGUCUAUCGCCCUACAAAGAGUGCACAAGCGUGAAACCGCUGAUUGCAUGUGGAUGGGGACUACCUUUGCUCGUGAUGAUCGUCUACGUAUUGGUUGGUUCAUCUAAGGAGGGGUCAAAUUUUUGCUGGACGGACAUCAACGCAAACAUCACAGUCAUACCAACGAUGAUUGUAAUUCUGAUCAACCUGUGCCUCUUCGUACUUAGCGUGAAGGUUUUAUUCAUCAAGCUCAACUGUUCGGUGUGUAAGCAUAGGAAGAGGUGUUACAUGAAGUGGCUGAAAUCGACAAUGAUGCUCGUGCCCCUUUUCGGCACUUACCAAAUAUUUUUCGCGCUGUGGCCCUACGUCAGUCAAAACGAGAGCGUUAAACUGCCCUACUACUUCUCAAUGAAAAUGUUGUGUUCUGUGGAGGGAGUCAUGAUAACUUCGUUGUACUGUUUCACCAACAAGGAGGUGAAAAACGAAAUCAAAAGAGCUUGGCGCAAUUGGAAGACGAAACGAGAAAUCGAGAAAAAGUAUCUACAAGACACAGUUAAAGUAUAG